AUGGCGAUGAAAGGUACUGCCUUUCCCCAUAUAACCAUUUAUGUAUCUUGUAAUGUUUUCAACAAAUCACGAGAAAAAUGGGGGCCAAUUAAUCAUGGAAUGUAUAGUCGUCAUUUAUUGGGCAUUGAUAUGCCUCGGAAUUACAAUUUAAGGAGUAAUAACGAGCUAAGCAAUUUUGAUGCACUGGAAAACGAGGCUUAUCAUAUGACAUAUCCAUACUGCAAACCUGCUAACAAACGUAGAAAAACAUAUGGCGAGAUGAAUGAAGCAAAACAAAAAAAAAAUACACUGGCAUUGCCAGAAAAUUCAGGAACUACCUCUCGAUUCAUUGUUAUUAGCAGUGCAAACGAUGAAAAUCGUAUAAAUCCGCCAAAUACACUUCGAGAACAUCGAAGUAAAUCUAUUGACGAUGAAUUACAAGAAGGUUUAUUGAUGAAAAUCCCGUCGGGAUCGCAUAAUGAAGAAAAAAAUUGCACUCUGGAUGUAAAAAACGUUGAAACUUCAAUCCAGAAAAAGCCUAUAUUAAAAUUAACCAUUAGAGGACCACUAAACGACGAGGAAAGUCUUCUUCCUAUGGUCUCUUUUUUGGUCAAAUUAAUUCGAUUUUAUCACAAUUUUAGUACUCUAGUACUCUAUUCUAGUAUCCUAAAUCGAUAUGCAUCAUUGCAUAAUAGAGUACCUGAGAUGUCAUUGUUUAAAUUAUUAUUAUCAUAUCGAGCAUCAGAGCACUUAAAAUUGUGCGAGCGAAUAUCUAACGAGAUAUGGUGA